AUGGAGCCAAGCCUUUUGGACCACAGCAUGCAUCCUUCCUCCAGUAGCACCUACCCAGAGGAGAGGACAGAGCAUCCUCUCUCCUUUCUACACAACAACAUAUACAAGUCCUCCUCCCCUCAGUCCUCCUCUCAGUCAAGCGGUGGAUCCCUUAUCUCUACACUCCUACAGACAACCAUAGAGAGUAAAAUAUCCCUGCAGGAGAGCACCUCUACAUAUUACCCCCCAGACACUCCCAUGUCCAGCUCUGACUCGACGAGCCCUAGCCAGGUGGACCACCACAGCAGCAUUUCAUCCAAGAGCAGCAGCGCCACCAUGGAGCCUCUGUCUCCAGCCAGCCUGGCAUCCACCGGGGCCAGCCCCACUAGAUUCAGCCCCAACGGGGCCGGGUUGACCCAGGACUGGACGCUGGAGCUAGGGGACAGACACCGGGCGAAGCGUGCCAGAGUGGAGAGCAUCAUCAGGGGCAUGGCAGGCUCUCCUCUCAGUGUUUAUUUCACAGGUGAAGGGUUUGGGGAAGGGGAGACCACUCCAACCGGUCACCAUCAGAGUGAGAUGUUGGAAAACAAGCAGGAGAACAAGAGGAAACAGAGGGUGCCGCAGCACCAGGACCUCCAGAGGACAGGGGGCGCUAGCGGGAAGAGUACGGAGGAGGGACAUACACUGAGGAAGCAGCUUCAGACCAUGCAGAGGCUCCUGGGUCAACUCCAGGCCAGGUUCAUUCAGGUCUACGAGAACCAGACCAAUGAGUCUGAAGAGGACGUCAGUGAGGAGACAGGUUCAACGGAGGACCACCAUAGCACUUGGAACAAAGGAUAUCCGGAGACAGAGACAUCUCCUGGUGAGGUGUUCUUGGACCCUUACAGUGAGUUUAACAACAAGACGCCUUUAGAUAGAGGUCAUCUGGGAUGGAAGAAUAACAAGAUAACUGACUACCUCCACUCAAACCCAGACAACGAAGACAAACUCCUAGCAGACAUUCUCAAGUAUGAACUCAUCAGAGCUGUAAACUCGAGCGUUGACUCCAUUUUCAAAAACAUAUCACAUACUAUAGUCAAGUCACCACAGCUACACGUCGAGGAUGGGGGAAUGAUGGAAACAGACGAUGAGACCAUGUUCCUCAGCUCUCGCGAGCCAGCGUCAACGUCCACCCAUGUAGACAGCAUGUCACGGCUCCCCCCGUGUUCUGAGAGUGGUAUGGCCCAACAACUACAAGAGAUUCAAACCGAGGCUCUAUCUCUGGUUGUUCAAAAGCCUGCUUCAAUAACUCGCCCAUGUUCUCUAAACCUAACUGUGAAAAGGCCUCUCCAUUUCCACCAGCCUCCAUUCCUAUACAACCACCCCACUGCCCUACAGGAAGACCACCAAGUACUGGACAACCUCAAACACAACAGCUACCAUCAAGAUACCUUCGGAGGGCUCCAGUGUAGACCCACUACCAUGGGUCUGUCCAACCCAGAGAUGGUUGACUUACCGUGGGAUCCGGUCAUAGUGAGGUCCAAGGUGACCUCCAGGCCACCCAGGAGUCCUCAGGCCACAGGGCAUCAUGUGCUUCUGGACAGUCUCAGUCUCCCUCACGCUAAGAUGGACUGUGGUAGCUUCCAGAGGAUGGUGAAGAGGACCUCGUAUGUGCUGAAUGGCGGUCUGACCACGCAGCACCUGAAGAAAGCCAAGUUGAUGUUCUUCUACGCCCGCUACCCUAGUUCUAACGUGCUCAAAACUUUUUUCCCCGAUGUCCAGCUCACUCGCUGUAUCACCUCCCAGCUGAUUAAAUGGUUCAGCAACUUCAGAGAGUUCUACUAUAUUCAGAUGGAGAAGUUUGCCCGUCAGUCCCGAGUGGAGGGGGUGAACAGCGUGAGGGAUUUAACAGUGGGCAGAGACUCAGAGCUCUUCAGAGCCCUCAACACGCACUACAACAAGGCCAAUGACUUUCAGGUCCCUGACAGGUUUCUUGAGGUGGCUGAGAUCACACUACAGGAGUUUUACGUCGCCAUCUCUCUGGCCAGAGACUCAGACCCAUCCUGGAAGAAAGCCAUCUAUAAGGUCAUCUGCAAACUGGACAGUGACGUACCGGCUGAAUUCAAAGCCCACCUCGCAACAUAGAAAGAGCCAGACAAAGAGAGGGGGGGGUUUCAUCCAGAAUGGAUGGUGCUGUAUUAAAACUAUUUUCCUGCAUGUACCACUGAAUUUAAAGCACCCUUCAAAAAGCUCACCUCACAACAUAGGCCUUUUCGCAAUUGGAUUUCCACGAUUUCUAUCCUCCUUUUGAAAAAUGUCAGAGGGAAGAGGAAACUUGGAAACAAAUGCACAGGUAGGAAGUGACUCCUAUAGAGUCAGAGAGAUGUGUUUAAUCCUUUACUGUAGAAAUAUUUUCCCCUCAUGGGAUUUUCUUCGUGCCGCUAUCAAUGUUGACAAUUCUGCAAGUCACUCUGGAUAAAAGCGUCUGCUAAAAGACCCUAUUAACUACAGUAGGCCUACAGCUAAAAUACCAUAUAAACUGCAGGAGGCCUACUAUCUGGAUAAAAUCAUCUGCUAAAGACCAUAUAAACUGCAGGAGGCCUACUAUCUGGAUAAAAGCCUCUGCUAAAGACCAUAUAAACUGCAGGAGGCCUACUAUCUGGAUAAAAGCAUCUGCUAAAGACCAUAUAAACUGCAGGAGGCCUACUAUCUGGAUAAAAGCAUCUGCUAAAGACCAUAUAAACUGCAGGAGGCCUACUAUCUGGAUAAAAGCAUCUGCUAAAUACCAUAUAAACUGCAGGAGGCCCACUAUCUGGAUAAAAGCAUCUGCUAAAGACCAUAUAAACUGCAGGAGGCCUACUAUCUGGAUAAAAGCAUCUGCUAAAGACCAUAUAAACUGCAGGAGGCCUACUAUCUGGAUAAAAGCAUCUGCUAAAGACCAUAUAAACUGCAGGAGGCCUACUAUCUGGAUAAAAGCAUCUGCUAAAGACCAUAUAAACUGCAGGAGGCCUACUAUCUGGAUAAAAGCAUCUGCUAAAGACCAUAUAAACUGCAGGAGGCCUACUAUCUGGAUAAAAGCAUCUGCUAAAGACCAUAUAAACUGCAGGAGGCCUACUAUCUGGAUAAAAGCCUCUGCUAAAGACCAUAUAAACUGCAGGAGGCCUACUAUCUGGAUAAAAGCAUCUGCUAAAGACCAUAUAAACUGCAGGAGGCCUACUAUCUGGAUAAAAGCCUCUGCUAAAGACCAUAUAAACUGCAGGAGGCCUACUAUCUGGAUAAAAGCCUCUGCUGCAGCUAAAAUACCAUAUUAACUGCAGCCUGGUCUUUAGCAGCAUACUAUUUGUGCCACAACCAGAGAGGUCUGCCAUGUGAGAAUGGCUGUAGUUGUGUGAAGCUCUGGGCAAAUGACAUUUCUGUUAGACAUAAAUGUGAAUCAAAAUGGAAUCGGCGUACAGUACAUUAAAAGGCAUGUUUUCCUGUCGAGCAGACGGUCUUAUCAACCAGUGUGUCCUUUUAAAACAGGCAUAAUGAAUUGUACAAUGUGUAUUUUUUUUGCUAUAUCAAUACGAUUAACAAUAAUACAAGAGGCCUUGGUUCAAGUUUUUUUAUGCAUACAUCAAUUGAAACAUGCAGUAUGUCAGGAUUAUUUGAUUAGAUAAAUCAAAUAUCUGUUUUCCAACUCCCAAGAGGACACAAGGCAGGCUGUGGUAAAGGAAAAGACAGAGACCAAAAAAAAAAAAAAAGCCACAAGAACAAUAUUCUUUAAUAUUCAACUGCUUACACCUUUUUCCUCAUUUAUCACAGUCAUGUUUCUAGAUUUACUAGAGGGGUGGAUCAAAACAAUUUCAUCUGUAUUACAUUUCAAACCUGUUUUGGUAAAGCGCGUAUGGCCUUAAAGGAACAAGUGAGGAUUGUUUUUCUACUUAAGACAAUUUAGGUUUUUACAAAAAAUAAUAUUGUUGCAAUUGAUGUUACAUGUAUAGUAACAAUAAUCAAAAAAUACACUGUAGAACCAUCCAUUUCACUUCAGACAGCUAAAACAAAAGACAGUUGAAUUACACUGAACAAAAAAUAAACGCAACAUGUAAAGACGUUUUCCA